CGAACUCCGCCGGUGACGCUGGCGGCGAUUGUGGGUUGUCCGGAGCUCCACCCUCUGAUCUCAACUCACUUUCUCUCGGCUCAGCCGCCAAUCAACACCCUCGCCCUCCCUGACCUCUCCAAGAUCUACCUCUUCGAACGCAAGCCCAAGGAUUCCAACGCCGAAGUCCCGCCACCGCCUCCUACGGUUGUCGGCGGGGUCCUCAAGAAGGACUGGCUCCUCAAGCACCGGACGAAAGUUCCGGCCGUUCUCGGUGCUGUGUUCAGGGCGGAGCACGUGUUUGGUGACCCUGCUCAGUGGCUCAAUGUGUGUUUGGGGUUGUUUGUGUGCAGGGCUGUGAUUCGUGGGAGGAACAUCAAGUUGGCUGUUGUAAUUAUCCACACUGGUGCAGAUGAGAUCACUGAGGAUAGAAUGAUUGCCUUACGAAAGCGAGCAGAUGUAGAUGCUAAAUAUGUAAUUAUGUUAAACCCAAAUGACAACUCAGAUCUCAAUCAGUCACUUGACAGGAUGGCAAAUGCGUUUUAUGGAUUAGCCACUAUGUAUUACCGAGAAGAAGGAAGAAGGAUUAAACAAAGGAUAGAAAAGAAGAAUGUUAGCUCGGUUGAGUUGAUUGUUCGCUACUGCUUCAAAGUUGCUGUAUAUGCAGAAUUCCGAAGUGACUGGCCCGAGGCGCUGAAAUUUUAUGAGGAGGGAUAUCAUACACUGCGAGAGAUUGUUGGGGUGACAACAAGGUUACCUGCAAUACAACGGUUGGUUGAGAUAAAAUAUGUUUCUGAACAGUUGAAUUUCAAGAUAUGCACCUUACUACUACAUAGUGGGAAGGUCACAGAAUCAGUGGCAUGGUUUCGUCAGCACAAGAAUGCAUACAAAAGGCUUGUUGGUACUCCAGAAGCUAUAUUUCUUCACUGGGACUGGAUGAGUAGGCAGUAUUUGGUAUUUGGUGAAUUGUUGGAGACUAGUUCAAAAACAGCUCAAAUAUUUCCUCCUAUUACUCUAGGUUCCGCUUCUAAACCCCUGUCUGAGUGGGAAUUUCAUCCAGCCUAUUACUACCAAUUAGCAGCCCACUAUUUGGGCCAGAAGAGGUCAUCACUGGAGCUUGUAAUCUCAACGACAGAAACCUCUAGUGAUACUGAUAGUGUUGAUUCUGUUGUUCCUUCAACCUAUGUUGGUCAGUUUGCUCGGAUACUUGAGCUAGGAGAUAAUGUUGAUAUGAUGGCUCUCACUGAUGAAGAGUACAUGCGCUAUGCUGUGUCUGAAGGAAGAAGGUUCCGAGACUCACUUGAAAUUAUUGCUCUUCUGAGAAAAGCUUACGAAUCCUUCAAUAGUAGUAACAUUCAGAGGAUGGCCGCACUUUGUGGGUUCCAGAUGGGUAAGGAAUAUUUUUCCGAGGGUGAUUCAAGCAAUGCAAAGCAGAUUUUUGACAGUAUUGCUUCCCUAUAUAGAAAAGAGGGAUGGAUAACUUUGUUGUGGGAUGUCUUGGGAUUCUUGCGGGAGUGCUCACGGAAGAGUUCUAAUGUUAAAGAUUUUGUGGAGUAUUCUCUUGAAAUGGCUGCACUCCCAAUAUCUUCUGAUGCCAAUCUCCAGAGAGACACCGGUCCAGCUGGUCCUGCAAGUCGAAUCCAAAGAGAAACUGUACACAAGGAGGUUUUUGAUCUCGUUAUGGAAGAUUCAGUGUCAGAAACAAAUGAACAACUGAAUAACCUCAAGAUCAAUGGGGACAAACCACUUCAGCUUCAGGUUGAUCUUGUAAGUCCUCUCAGGUUGGCAAUGAUUGCUUUAGUUGCUUUCCAUGAACAGACAAUGAAGCCUGGGUCAUUGACCUCAAUUUCAGUAUCACUUCUUUCCCACUUACCCUGUACUGUUGAGAUUGAUCAAUUAGAAAUCCAGUUCAACCAACCUAGUUGUAAUUUCUUUGUUUCAAAUGCGCAAAAACCUCAAUCAGUAGGAGUUACUGAUACUCAACAGCACCGAGUGGAGACAUCAACUUCACUUUUACUUGAACCAAACAAAUGGCUGAGGUUGACCUAUGACAUUACAUCCGAUCAAAGUGGAAAACUCGAAUGCCAGUCUGUUAUUGCAAAAAUUGGACCACACUUCAGAAUCUGCUGCAGAGCUGAAAGCCCUGCUUCACUGGAUAGUUUACCUAUUUGGACAUUGGAUGAUUGUAUGCAAAGUGUUCCAAUUAAAGAUUCCGUUCUUGUGUUAUCUGGUCAGAAGAUCAUCCAAGUUGAAGAACCAGAACCACAGGUAGAUGUUCGUCUUGGUGCCUUUGGUCCUGCAUUAGUAGGAGAGAUUUUCUUGGUACCUGUUACAGUGAUUUCCAAAGGUCAUAAUGUGUACUCAGGUGAGUUGAAGAUCAAUCUUGUAGAUGUGAGGGGAGGUGGCUUGUUUAGUCCGAGAGAAAAUGAACCGCAUGCCUUGGAUAGUCAUCAUGUCCAGCUGCUUGGUAUUUCUGGACCAGAAGGGGAAGAUGAUUCUCAUUUAGAUUCUGACAAAAUAAAGCAAGUACAGCAAUCAUUUGGAUUAAUUUCUGUCCCUUUUCUUAAAAAUGGGGAUUCUUGGUCAUGCAAACUAGAAAUCAAGUGGCACCGGCCUAAACCAAUUAUGCUUUAUGUAUCUUUGGGUUAUACUCCUACUAAUAAUGAAUCAAAUCCUCAGAUGGUCCAUGUCCACAAGAACUUGCAAAUUGAAGGGCAAAAUGCUAUUGAACUUAACCAUCAUUUUUUGAUGCCAUUCAGACGGGACCCAUUAAUUCUCUCUAAGAACAAGCAAGCUUCAGAAUCUAAUAUUUCACAAUCACUUCCCUUAAACCAAAAAACUCUGCUCAUUGUCAGCGCAAAGAAUUGCACGGAGUUGCCAAUAAGGUUGAAGUCCAUUUCCAUAGAAGCAGACAAUGAUGUUGAAAGGACAUGCUCUAACCAACAUGGAAAUGAGGAGCUUUCAAACCCUGCCCUUGUUGCUCCUGGGAGAGAGUUCAAGAAGGUAUUCUCAGUGAGUUCCGACAAAAACAUUUCAAAGCUUGUACUAGGAACUGUGUGUUUGACAUGGAGGAGGGACUUGGGGGUGGAAGAGCAAUCUGCUUCUACCACGGGGACAUUGCCUUGGGUUGUGACCAAGCAAAAGCUGCCAGACAUGAAUGUCGAGCUACCACCAUUGAUUGUGAAUCUGGAAUGUCCUCCUUAUGCCAUCUUGGGAGACCCCUUCACAUACUAUAUUAGGAUUUUGAACCAGACACCAUUGUUGCAGGAAAUCAAAUACACACUGGCAGAUGCACAAAGUUUUGUAUUAUCAGGGUAUCAUAAUGACACUGUAUAUGUUCUUCCAAAAUCUGAGCUCAUUCUCAGUUACAAAUUAGUUCCACUUGCUUCUGGGCUGCAACAGUUACCUAGAUUUUCCAUGACUUCAGUGAGAUACUCAGCAGCAUACCAGCCUUCAAGUUCUUCAAAUUCUGUUUUUGUUUUUCCUUCGAAGCCUCAUUUCAAGAAUGAAGCCUCGACCAACUUUAGGUUGGAGUCAGUUGCCAAUGAAUAGAUCUUGUACAUUGUCCCUUUUUUUUUAUUAUUUUCAUUCUAUCAUAUUCAUCUUCCUUGGGAUUGAAGGAAACUACAUAUGUUGCAUGGAAAAUCUGUAUACAUGUCCUCUUUUGGAUCUUUGUUUCUUGUUUAUUA